AUGCAGGCCACUGCCAAAGUACUUGGUUACCAACCAGAGCAAGAUGUUAAGACCUUAUUGCAGAAGACAUUACAUGCUACAGUCACAAGACACCAAGAAAUCAAGCUGGAUCUGAAAUGGAAGCCCCGCUGGGCAGUUGCCAUAGAACAUGAAAGCACUAUUUACACUGCUGGGGCAGAAAAGUCAUCUAAAGAUACUUACUCUAUUGAUAACUCCAAGCCUUCCAGUGAUACUUAUUCAGACUUAAGUCAGCUCUAUGGAAGUGAUAGAUCUGGCCUGAAGCAUGAAGACAAGCGUGGAGGUAGUGGAUCUCACAACUGGGGAACUGUCAAAGAUGAAUUAACUGAUUUGGAUCAAUCAAAUGUGACUGAGGAAACACCUGAAGGUGAAGAACAUCCAGUAGCCAACACUGAAAACAAGGAGAACGAAGUUGAAGAGGUUAAGGAAGAGGGUCCAAAAGAGAUGACUUUGGAUGAGUGGAAGGCUAUUCAAAAUAAAGACCGAGCAAAAGUAGAGUUUAAUAUCCGGAAACCAAAUGAAGGUGCUGAUGGGCAAUGGAAGAAGGGAUUUGUUCUUCAUAAAUCAAAAAGUGAAGAGGCUCAUGCUGAAGAUUCGGUUAUGGACCAUCAUUUCCGGAAGCCAUCAAAUGAUAUAACGUCUCAGCUGGAGAUCAACUUUGGAGACCUAGGGCGCCCUGGAAGGGGUGGUAGAGGAGGACGAGGUGGACGUGGCCGAGGUGGACAUCCAAAUCGUGGCAGCAGGACUGAUAAGUCAAGUGCUUCAGCUCCUGAUAUGGAUGACCCAGAGGCAUUCCCAGCUCUAGCCUAACUGGAUGCCACAAUACAACCAUGGUCCCUUUGUGGACUUUCCUGUUCAAAGCUUUUGCAUGCUUAAGGAUCCCAAACGACUAAGAAAUUAAAAAAAAAAGACUGUCAUUCAUACCAUUCACACCUAAAGACUGAAUUUUAUCUGUUUUGAAAAUGAACUUCUCUCGCUACACAGAAGUAACAAAUAUGUUAGUCAGUUUUGUAUUUAGAAAUGUAUUGGUAGCAGGGAUGUUUUCAUAAUUUUCAGAGAUUAUGCAUUCUCCAUGAAUACUUUUGUAUUGCUGCUUGCAAAUAUGCAUUUCCAAACUUGAAAUACAGGUGUGAACAGUGUGUACCA